GCUCGGGGAUCAUUAAGCGCGCAUUGCUUCUGCUAACCGCCGCUCGAUCGGAUCGUAUUUUGUUUUCUACAGUUCACUUUUGUUGUUGGCGUUGUGAGGCGGGCGCACACAAAGCAAAACUAAUUAAAAGUGUACACGAAACUAUAGAAACAACAAUAACAAACAAAACUAAUCUAAAUUACCAAAUGCUAAAUAAACACAACUAAGCACAGAAAAAACCAAAAUUACAAAGUGCAUAGGCUGAUUUAAAUAAGAAAAAAAGUUUUGCAUAAAGUGGUUUUAGCAUUUGCCACGCACUUGAAAGUAAACUCGAAAUUGUGAAUUUUAGUAUUUAAUGCCUGCACGUCUACACGUGGACGUACAUAUACACAUACAUAUGUACAUGGAUAUUUGCUAAACUUUGCAGCAAAGAACGCUAAAGCAUCUGUUUACCUGUUUGUUUGUGUGUGAGCACGUGAGAUUAUCGAAGUUCAAUAUUAAAUCCUGAGAAAUGAUCCGCUCUAAUGUAAUGCUAACCACACUACUGCUGGGCUUGCUGCUGUUUAAUGCCCAGGUGGAUGGUAAAGAAUAUAUGCGCUGUCAAUUAGCGCGCGAACUUUUGGAAAAAUAUGGAAUCAACAAAACUUUUCUCUCUAACUGGAUAUGCUUGAUUGAGCACGAAAGCAACAGGAAUACCAAAGUGGUGAAAACAAAUCCAAAUGGCAGCGCCAGUUAUGGACUCUUCCAAAUCAGCAGCAAGGAUUGGUGUCGCGUUAAUCGCAAAGGUGGCAUUUGUGAUAAAAAGUGUGAAGACUUCCUAGAUGAUAACAUCGCCGAUGAUGUGGCUUGCGCGAAAAUGAUCUUUGAACGUGCGGGCUUUAAGAACUGGUCCGGGUGGAAGGCAUCCUGUCGCAAUACGCAGAAUUUACCAAAUCUGGGCUUGGCGUGCAAUAUACAGACAGUGAGAGCGAGUCGAACAUUGAGAGUUGAUCAGAAGCCUAAUUAUUAUAAUAUAUUUAAUAUCAAAUAGGUAUAGUCGAUAGCGGAGCAGAGGGCAGAUUAGUAGUUUUGUUUUGUUACAGCAAAGUGCUCGAGCGUACGUAGGCACAUACACACAUAAAUGCCUACAUGCAAAUCUAUUAUGUGCAUAUGUACGCCUCAUUUAAGGCCAGUACGUCGGCCUACACAUUUACAUACUUAUGAACUAUGAACUACUAUUGGCAAAGCUACUUACUGAUUCAAGACAAAAACAAAAAAAAAAACGCAAGAAUUUGAAAACAUAAGCAAUAAAAAUAAAAUAGUACUCCUAAGGCAAAUCAUCGCCGCAAACACUUUUCGUUUGCGUUUGAUUUUUUGCCGCCAAAAUGUGUCUGAAAAAAAUUGGAA